GCAAAUGAAAGUCGUCUGUGUGUAAAAUGGGCAGGAGGCGUGGCCAACAGCAGAGAUAUCAACAUAAGAAUCAAUAAAACGAACGUUACGUUCAGUUCAUUCAGUUUCCACGAAGCCGGGCAAACACGGAGCAUGAAGGCUGUAUCGUCGACCGAGACUCCGGAACACAAAUCCAGGAGGAAGGUGUCCAAACCCAUGAUGGAGAAACGCAGACGGGAGCGAAUCAACAGCAGCCUGGAGACCUUACGGCUACUGAUGCUGGAAAACACGGAAAACGAGAAGCUGAAGAACCCGAAGGUGGAGAAGGCAGAGAUCCUGGAGAGUGUAGUUGACUUCCUGAAGAAGGAGAAGGACCACCGGGCCGUGAGGAAGGCAUUUCCCGAGGAGCAGCGGCCCGCCGCCAGCCCCCACCGCAGCUACCACGACGGCAUGAGGUCCUGCCUGCUGCGGGUCAGCCAGUUCAUCGCCUCCAAGAGCCUGGAGCUGGAGGAGGGCAACGCGCUGCAGGCCUCGCUGAAGCUCUUGGGGUCUCCAACGGCCGUUUCCUCCCCGGUCCCAGUCCCGGUCCCGCUCUGUACGUCCCCAGUGGUUGCCCCCGGUGACGUCCCGGCCGUCCUGUCCCCUCAGCGCCACGUCUUACAGGAGUCCGAAACCAGGCAGAUGCUCUCCUUCGCCUCCUCCGCAACAGUCCCCGAUCCAGUCUGGAGACCCUGGCCGAAAUAACAGAGACGUCGACAGAUGUCUUUUUUUUUUUGUAUUUCUAUUUGUACAGCAUGGACACUUUUCUGCACAGAUCUUCUGUAGUUUUCAUGCAUUUCCCCCUACCUCCCUUUUUUAUGUACCUAUGUAAACCAGGGAUGCACCAAUCCACUUUUUCUUAACUUCUGAUACCGAUACCUGAGGCUUGGUGUCUGCUGAUACCGAUCCACCGCACAGAAACGGAGCUGGAUUGACUUUAAACGUUUAUUUUAUUUUAUUUUUUUAACUGCAGUCAUAAAUGUACUGGAUUACAAAAUGUAUUUGAUAAAUCUGCUGCAGCACAACACUCAUAAAUAGCUUCACAAGUUUGGUCAGACAUGUUAAAAACAACAAAAUUGUAAUUUGUUCAGUACUUUCAAUUUGGAGCAGAACAGCCCAUUUAAAAUGAAUGAUAAAGAAACUGACAAAAAACAAAAGGUUCACUGUUUUGGUCAAACAUGUAAGAAAAUAAAAUGGAACAAACGUUAUUUCAGAUGGUUCAGAAAAUGGGAACAUAAACAUAUUAGCAUAUUAGCACAGCAUAGAUCUGCCUUUAUUGAUCACAUUGUCACCAAUUCCUGAUCUAGAUUGUUUUUCAAGAAAAUGACCAAUAAAGAUAUUAAUGUCAGUGAAUUUCUAAUGUAAA